AUGGCGCCACAGCUAGGCUUCAAGACAACGGGCACGGAGCUCGUUGCCGAAUAUGCCGAACAUAUAAAGGGCAAGACCAUUCUCAUCACCGUUGUCUCCCCUGGCGGCCUCGGCGCCGUCUUUGCGGAGAAAACCGCUGCCGGCGCGCCCACCUUCCUCAUUCUUGCCGGCCGUAACGGGGAAAAGGUCCAGCAGACGGUGGACACCAUCAGGUCCAAGCACCCCGAUGUCAAGGCCAAGACUCUCGAGCUCGAUCUUUCGUCGUUCAGAAGCGUGCGUAAGGCUGCGGAGACGGUAAAUGGGUGGGGGGACGUUCCCAGAAUCGACGUCCUGGUGAACAACGCCGGAAUCAUGGCGACGCCAUGGGGGAAGACGGAGGAUGGGUUCGAGAUGCAGUUCGGGACAAACCACCUAGGCCCGUUUCUGUUCGCUAAUCUUCUCAUCGGGAAGGUCAUGGCUGCCGAGGCGCCAAGGAUCGUCACGGUCAGUAGUGAUGGGCAUCGGCUGGGGCACAUCCGGUGGACGGAUUACAACUUGAACGAUGGUAAGCACUACAACGAGUGGCACGCAUACGGACAGUCCAAGACGGCCAACUGCCUGAUGGCGAUGUCGCUCGCCGAGAAGCUAGGUCGCAAGGGCCUCUUGAGCUUCAGUCUUCACCCGGGCGUCAUCUACACGAAUCUGGCGAGCCAUUUGGAAAGCUUUGACUCUCUGCGCGCCCAGGACAUCAGCAUGGGAACCAAGUUCAUGUGGUCCGACUACAACCCCAAAACGGAAGACCAAGGUGUCGCGACGCACGUCUUCACGGCCUUCGACCCGGACCUCAACGAAUUCAACGGCCAAUUCUUCAACGACUGCCGUGUUGCAGACCAGAGUAACGAGGAAAUUUACCCUUGGGCGAACAACAGUACUGAAGCCGAUCGGCUGUGA